AUGUUCACGAAAGGAAUGAAGAAGCUCAAGGGAGGGAAGAAUCCUCAACAGCCGACGAUCGAUUCGCAGGAAUACCUUGAAAUGCUGGGCAAGGAGCCGCACUUUCAGGGUGAAGGAGGAGACACCUCGGACUUACCUGAGCCCAUCAAGUCGUCGCCGUUCCUGUCCGACCUCUACAGCAAGAAUGAGGAGUUCCGAUCGUUUGUUGACGCUGCCUUGCUCAAGGACGAUCAGCAGAGGGAGAGGGCAAGAGUAUCUGAGAAGAAACUGAAGCAGCAGUAUCAAGCGGUGAUGGCGGUAGAGGGCCAGUUACAGAUUUACGAAGAGACCGUCUCUGAAGCUCUCAUCCGCCUCGGCUACGAGCACGGCAGUUACAACUGCAACCAGAUGGCAGACGCGCUGCUCAACGGCAUUGACAUCCUGCUUGAGAGCGAGACCCACUUGCUCGACCGGUCGCAGGAGAUGUACGACCAGAUCUUGCAGGCCGAGGCGAUCAUCUUGUCGGAGGAGCGAUUGGCGAGGUCGGGGGAGGGAGGGGAGAAGGCCCAGGCUGCCCCGAGUGCCACGAAGGCAGAGGAGCAGCCGAUGGCGUCUGCACCCAGGGACGCGUUCGUGUGCUCGGUGUGCAGCAGGCAUGCUGAGGACGUUGAGAGCGGUGAACCAAGCCAGCGGCAGUUGAAGGAUCCGAGCUUGCCCGAGUUGCAGGAAAAGCUCGAGGCGCAGGACGAGGAGCUGAGGCAGCUGUACACGUAUUCCACACAACUGCUGGAACAAAUCUGCGAGGUGCAGGAGGAGAACACCUCGCUGAGAAAAAGUCACUUCCAGACGGCGAACCUAUCCCAGGAGCUGAUGCAGGAGGUAAAGAGCUACCACCAGAACCAAGCAAGAUGGAAGGUGGAGAAGAAGGCGCUACUGUCGCUGAUCAUGGACCACCUGAGCAUCCAAGACGACUCGGAAGUGGAUGCCGAGGAACCGAGUGCGCCCUCGUACACCUCCUCCUCCUGCCUCCUCCUGACUCUCCUCAUGCCAGACGCUCGGUUCCAAGACCCGGCGGAGCGGCAGACCUUGUACGCGAAGCUGAAAGUGAUUCUCAACGAGAACGAACCCGAACCAAGUCAGGACAACCCGACUGAAAUCUCGCAGAUCAACUCAAGGCCUCUCUCAGCCAAGUUUGUCCUGCGAGAGAACUCCGGAGCUUCUCAUGGCGCCGAGCGCCCAGUCCCUCACAAGCCAAUGACGCCGGGGGACAUCGACCAGACGAUGUGCCAGGGGCCCAUCUUCGAUGCUUCCUCUCCCAUCAAGAACUCGAAGCAUGACAGGCACCUGGCCGACGCGUCUCCCAGGGCGAACGGGGUCAACGCGAAUGCUGCAGUACCAGCGAGCCAGCAGGUCAAGGAAGCUCUUGUCACUGACAGCGACGUCUUGGUGCCGGUGGCUGCCAAGUCCCUGGACCCUCAGCCUGUCGACGUGGCGCUGCAAGAAGUGAAGACAGAGAGGCUGAUUGAGUGCCUUCGGACUUACUUCAUCCAGCACGACCACUCCAAACUCUCGAGCAUCUACAAGCUGGCCGCGGACUUUGCCGGGAAGGAGCCCGAGCUCGACUUUUUCCUCUACAGGACGUACGGGUAUCACCUGGAUGUGAGCAAGAGGUCGGCGAUCAACAUGGAGGCAAACUCUGAGAACAAGGACGUCGGAGCGAUCGUGAUCUCCCGCGGUUUCUGUGCCGGGGACCAUAGGCUGAACGAUCGCGUGCUGGUGGAGGAUGGCAGGGUGAGCUUGCAGCUGACCCCGAGGACGCACGUGGCCCCGUCGGGGAGGAAGUUCGAGCAACUGUACGGAUAUGGGGAAGAGAAAAGCAAACAGGAGGAGAAGCAUCCGUCGAAGCUGAUCAUGACGCCAAGGGGGCAGGAGGCACCAAGACAGGCUUUGCUGGAGGGAGACAAGGCAGGGAGAGAGACAGAGAUAUCGCCGACGCUGACGGUUGUCAACGAGAUGAGGAGGUAUCCCUCGCACGCCAAACUUUACAGGAGCAUCGCGCAUUAG